AUGAACUUUCUACUGAUCGCUCUUCUUUUAUUGAUUUGCGAAGCCGUUUACGCUGAUUUGCUAAGCCGUGACCACGACUGGCCAGGUGAUUUUGAAGAAAUUCCCAGGUAAUAAGCUGGUAAGCAUGAACCUGAGGUACCACAAAAUUACCUGAGGUAGUAAAAAUUAAAUUUUUCAACCGUAAAAUGACAUCUUUGUUAGCGAAAAACCCCUAUGCUGUUCAGCAUUUUUUUAAGUUUCGUCAUUUGUAAUUUUCAGAAAUAGAUUCGUAGGCGUUUUUUAAGAGGUUUUAUAUGAAAAGGGAUUUCACUGUAAACUUCUAAACAUUUUAGCGUUGAUUUCUUCAACUAAAAGCCCUUUAGAUAACGGAAAGAUCUUGCUGACAACUUUUGAAACAUGAGAAAAUCUCGAAAUAUAAGGAACAAAAGGUAUUUUCUAGGUAGGAGGACGACUACUGUAUCUCAGCAGCCGACAGUAACGACGUCGACUCAAUCUUCAGCAACGACUUCCGGGAGGAUUGCGACUGAGAAGCUUGUCGCAUUUACAAAUGUAUUCUUUGAUUUUUUUUUUUUGUCCCUCCUGUUAUUCAUGCUCUUCGAACGAGUCGAAAAAUACUUUUGGCGGGGAACUCGAGGUCAAACAUAGAAAAAUCUUGUACAAAUAAGUUUUUUUUAAAAUUUGUAUAGUCAAUCUUUCCCGAUUUGAAAGGCGAAAUGGGUGAAUUGGCAAGCGUGAAGCGUUGCGUGUGCGACGCGGAUUUUGUUCGUUUUACAAGAAGUUCUAAUUUUUUAUGGGUUUGAAAAGAUUUAGGUGAACGUACAAAAGUUUGAAAAUUAUUGAAAAUUAAUUUUUUUUUUCUAUUUUGCCUGUCAAGUCGAGAAGGAUCGACUAGAUUUUUGGGAAUGUUUGGAGAUGAUUUGAAGCUAGUUCUAAGAGAAAUUCACUCAAGAAAGAGUAGUUUUAGACACUGACCUCCUUGAACGACCCGGCGGCCACAAAAGAUCAACGACUUCAAGCCUUACUUGCCACGAUUCCAGCUGACCUUUCGGCUUCCGAUAAAGUAAAAAAAAACUCUAAACAACUUCUCGAACUUUUUUUUUACUAUUGAGGCAGUCGCAGAAGCUGUUGUGGCGAAUUUAACUGAUGUCUACGAAUUCAUAGGCACUUCACUCAGCAGCGCACCGGCCACUGUAAGUUUAAAAAAUGUCUUUUGAAGCUUCAAAAUUUUACGAAAAAUGUUUAUAUUUAGCUCCGUCGGCGCCUCCGAAGGCUUAGAAAACUUAGAAAACUACCGGCCAGCUUAGAAAACAGAUUCCUUUUCAAAUGGAUACCUAGAUUUUAUUUCAAGAAAUAUUGACAUCCCUCCUGAUGUAUCGAAUCCAUUAGGAAACGUUUCUCAAAAGUUUCCAAGCUAUCCAUUUGUCAAUAGAUGCCGUCAGAAUAUUUAAUAAUUUUUCCCAGACACUUUCCGACGAUCGACAGACAUUUCGAUGGUCUCUUUAAAAGAAAAAGAAAGAUGUGGUCGUAAAAUUGCAAAAAGAGACUUUUUUGGUCAGGAGAGGAACGAGUCUUACGAUUUGCAAAAAACUGGGCCCAGAUGCUCUGAGCACGUGCGAACUGGGAAUCGAGUUCGUAAAAGAUGUCUGUAGACGUUUUUUUGUUAUCCAGAUAUGGUACGAGUUGCGGACAAUUUUUAAUGAAGAUUUUUGGAACUUUUCAAAUUUGGAAGCUAUUUGAAGCUUUCAAGUCACUGAUUCUUCAAUUUUUCGUUGAUUUCUCAUAUCUCCAAAGCAAGAGUAUUUUCCAGAUAAUGUCCAAGUUGACUUGAUUUCGAUUUAUUCGAGGAGCAUUUGACCACAUUCAUAGGAAACAUCCAAACUUAUAACAAAAAUAACUUCCAUUGUUAGUUUUUUUUUUUGCUGCUCAUGUGAUCUUAUUCAUUUCUUUCUCUUUCCCAUUGAGUCAGAAGAGUGCAAUUGGCAGGUUCAAAGUGCGUACGCGGACAUCGCGAAGCUGUCCUGCAGCCCGUCGUUCUACAGUUUGCCGAAGAAGACGCGCAUCGCCCAGGUCGGUCACGUGUAUCGAUUGCCUCUCUUCGAGUCUCCGAGUAAACGGCUUCCAGUCGCCGCCAAAAACUUUCCUGGAGGUCACCAAAAAAGAAAAAAGUGCCAUUUCGACUUGCUAACUGGCUCAUAUGAUCAUAUGACUGGCCAGGGAAAACAUGACCAGGAAAAAAAAAUGACUGCCAAACAGUUUUACAACACGAAAUGGCAAUGGCAGUCACGAUCCAGAAAUUUGUUUUUGGUCUUGGGAAAAAUUUGGCGAACGAUUCUACGAAAUGUUUCGCUAUGGUGUUUUGAGGAUCAAAUAUUAUAUUAAAGGUAUCGAGGCGAUAAGCCUUUUUUAGUGUUUAAUGCAAGAUUUCCGUGUUAUCAAACACCCUGAAAAAGAAUUUUGGAUCAUAUUAUACUUGAAAAACUUUUGACUUUGUUUUUAAUUUGAUAAUUUUACGCCAUUUUGCUGAUCUUUUAUAGGAGGAAAGAAAGCUUUCAAAGGCUUCUUGGCCUUUCUCUGUGGUGUUUGGGCCUAUGAUCCUAACAUAGUCCAACUACUGUGAACAGACUUCAUAGUUUUCAAAUGGUUACAGGUUGAGAACAUUGUUGAAAGCUUGAGCGAAGAUGACCGUCAGAGUCUUCUGACCCUUGAACAAAACGUCAAGGUUUGAAAACUACAAAGAUCUUUCCCAUAUUGAACUUUAGGACCAAUGCAAAACUAAGAAAGUGAGUCAGCAGCCGUACACGUUGGGAAAUCUCUACGGGAACAUGCUCUCAAACGUAAAUGGACUAUUGUAAUCUUAAACAAAUUUAAAUUCAGGGCUUGGUUCUACCGAAAUGA